AUGGGGAAUGUGUCGCCCACCCCCCGUCAGCUUUUUACCGAGGCUGUCGUUUUUUGGAGUAUUGCCCUUUUCCUAUUCAUUGGCAGAAUGGUCUCUCGAGCGAUUGGAACUGGUUCUAUCAAGCGAUUUUCGUUUGAUGACUAUGUCAUGACUGUAACUUUUUUGGUCUAUACUACCUUGUUGGUUCUGAUCCAAAUAUCUGCACAACAUGGCACAAACCUUUUUCCUUCGGAAGAGCUGCAACAAAUCAUAGCAGAUCCCCAUCAAAUUAAAGACCGAAUAUUCGGAAGCAAGAUCGUCAUCGGCCUGGAACAGUGUAUGUUGUUCUCGACAUGGGGCGUCAAGAUAUGCAUGUUGAGCCUGUUUUGGCGGUUGACCGCUAAUAUCCGCUUCUGGCAUCUCUAUAUCAAGAUCAUUGCCGCUUAUGUAGCCGUCGGCUUUGUUGUGAUCAUGGUAACUUAUUACGCAGUGUAUUGCAGACCCUUCCAACAGUAUUGGCAGCUCCCUGUGGAGAAUAUGCAAUGUGCAACUUACCGAAACUACUCCAUUACUCAGGCUGUCUUUAACAUCUCUUCGGAUGCUGCCAUGCUAGCUGUGCCUGUCCCACUGCUUAUGAAGACUCAGUUAAAGGCAAGGAGGAAACUCGUAUUGGUUUGUAUUAUGAGCCUUGGGGUAUUCACAAUCAUCGCGGCAAUCCUCAACAAAGUCUUUAACUUCGCGUCACCCCUGACAACUACUUAUCAAAUCUGGUACAUCCGCGAAGCAAGCACAGCAAUAUACGUGGCAAACUUGAUAUGUUUAUGGCCACUCCUACGCAAGUUAUUCGGCCUGAAGGCAUUUCAAUCGAAUAGUAGGCAAUAUCGGCCACAGGGCGCACAAUUUGUCAAGGAAUCCCCUGGCGCCUCACAGUCUGCGGAGACUACGGCAAAUAGUUCGCAGCCACGACUGUCACUUUCAAUCCCACGUCUUUCCUUGAACAGACUAGGAAGCGGGAAGAUGGUCAGAAGCAUCGUGCCAAAGGCGCUUGAAGAGCCAUAUGCAAGUCAGGUAGAGAACAAAUGGCCGAUCAAUUGCCAAGAUUCGAACCAGAUGGUGUCCUAUGAGAGACACGGGCAGAAAUCUGUUCAAGGUGACAAGCAUGCACUAUGCGAUCUUGAGGCUGGAAACAUUGGGCUUAUCGAUUGCCCCUCUAGCCUGAAGCUUGGGCAACGGAACCCGGCUUAG